GAAAUCAACAUCACACAAUACAAAACGCACCCGUAUAUUGUAAACCGUGUAUGCCACACGUUGCCCGUUGUCGUUGUCGUUGUUGUCGUCGUCGUCGUCGUAGUACUCGUUCUCGUUCUGGUUGUUGUCAUAGCUGUUGUUGUUGUUGUUGCUGUUGUCGACGUUGGGGGCAUCAUCAGCAGCAGCGGCAUCUUUUGGUUCUGUUUGCCCAAACUAUUCGGUCGCCUGCGGUCGUCGUGGUCAGCUCGUCGCCCGCCCGCCCCAACGCCACGCCACGUACCGGCCAAUUGACAGCUCGUAAAAAUCGUAAAAAUCAUAAAAAUAAUCAUAACAAUAAUCGUAAAAAAUUAGAGCUGCCAACAGUCGCACAUUGGCCACAGUCAGACGCAGACAAGAAAUUAUAUUCGCAGUAUUGAAGAAACGCGCGCGCUCUUCUCUUUUCAUCUGUUCUGUUCUAUAUUCGCAUCAUCCACGUUAUCGUCUAUCUUCUCUCUUGUUUUCUCGGCCAGAUUUUUUAUGAUGUUGACCCACGCUGUAGAUACUUAAGAGCCCAUAAACGCCUAUCUCUAUGUCUGGCAGGUGUCUAGCUCGGCUAACAAAUUGUGCAAUAAGUGAAGUUGGUGUAUUUACACUCGUUACACUCUCAUACCAAUUCAAGCCAAGUUAACGAGUGUACGAGAGUCUUUAACAUUUCUAGUCCCAAAACAAGCAAUAUUUACACAAACGCAGCAGACAGCCAAAUAUCUAAGGAAAGAAAACAAAACAAAACAAAAGAAAGUGCGCACAAACAAAAUAUAACAUAAAAAAUAUAUAAUAAAAAGUUGAAAAUAAUUCAAAUAAAAGUUUGUGUGAAAAAGUUUUGCGCACGUGCACAGCAACUGCAAGUUGAAUUCAUAAACCUCAAGGAUCCCAAGGAUUUGGCGAAUCAAAUUGGAUUUAAAUGCUCUGGAUUAUUGGAUAACUGGAUUAUUUAUUCGCAAAUUUGGAUUAGCUGAUUUGAGAGGUGUUUAUGGAUUACAAAGCAACAACAAUAAAUAAGAGUUUCAAAAUCAAAAUUGAAAAAUACCAAUUAGAGGUUAAGGCUACUUAAGGAUUUAGGCAACAAUAACAACUACAACAGCAACGGAUUUUCUACCAAACGGAGGAAGGAGGAGCAAAUAACGGAAAUCAUUUUAUACCUCACACAACCCCACAUACACACAAACACACACACAUACAAAACUAAGAUUAAGCAGCAACUGUACAUUGUACUUAAGUGUUCAAAGGAUAUUUAGUUUACUUUGUAUAUAGGAAGUAGCUAAAAGCACACGCAGUCGAGUCACAGUCACUAGCAACUAAGUCACGGUCACAAUCACGAUCACAGUCACAGUCAGAGUUACAGGAACACCAACAGCAACACCAACACCAACAACAACAUCAACAAAAUGACGAUGAGUACAAAUAAUUGCGAAAGCAUGACGUCAUAUUUCACAAACUCGUAUAUGGGAGCGGAUAUGCACCAUGGCCACUAUCCGGGGAACGGCGUCACCGAUCUCGAUGCACAGCAGAUGCAUCAUUAUAGCCAGAAUCCAAAUCAGCAGGGCAACAUGCCCUACCCGCGCUUCCCGCCCUACGAUCGCAUGCCCUACUACAACGGCCAGGGCAUGGACCAGCAGCAGCAGCAGCAACAUCAGGGCUACUCGCGUCCCGACAGCCCCUCCAGUCAGGUGGGCGGUGUGAUGCCGCAGGCGCAGACAAAUGGCGGCCAGUUGGUGGCAGUUGCCCAGCAGCAGCAGCAGCAGCAGCAGCAGCAGCAGCAACAGUCGCAGCAGCAACAGACGCAACAGCAGCAACAGGCGCAGCAGGCGGCGCAGCUUCAGCAGCAGCAGCAUCCUCAGGUGACGCAACAGGUGACACAUCCGCAGCAGCAACAACAGCAGCCCGUCGUCUAUGCCAGUUGCAAGUUGCAAGCAGCCGUCGGAGGUCUGGGCUUGGUGCAAGAGGGAGGCUCCCCGCCCCUGGUCGAUCAGAUGGGCGGACACCACAUGAACGCACAGAUGGCGCUGCCCCAUCACAUGGGUCAUCCGCAGGCACAGUUGGGUUACACUGACGUUGGCGUUCCCGAUGUAACAGAGGUGCAUCAGAACCAUCACAACAUGGGCAUGUACGGACAACAGCAGACGGGUGUGCCACCCGUGGUGGCGCCACCUCAGGCUAUGAUGCAUCCGGGCGCUGGACAGGGUCCGCCGCAGAUGCAUCAGGGUCAUCCUGGACAACAUACGCCGCCAUCCCAAAACCCGAGUUCGCAAUCUUCAGGGAUGCCGUCUCCACUGUAUCCCUGGAUGCGAAGUCAGUUUGAGCGCAAACGUGGCCGCCAGACCUACACACGCUAUCAGACGCUGGAGCUGGAGAAGGAGUUCCAUUUCAACCGUUACUUGACGCGCCGACGACGCAUUGAGAUCGCGCAUGCGCUCUGCCUGACCGAGCGCCAGAUCAAGAUCUGGUUCCAGAAUCGACGCAUGAAAUGGAAGAAGGAGAACAAGACGAAGGGCGAACCCGGCUCGGGCGGCGAGGGAGAUGAGAUAACGCCACCCAAUAGUCCACAGUAGGAGCAGGACCAGGAGCAGGACCAGGAGCAGAAGCAGAAGCAGGAGUAGCCCAAGUCCAAAUCCAAAUCCAAAUCCAAAACCAGAACAAAACUAAAUGCAAUUUCAAGCUAAAUACAAUUUACAAUUUAUGAAUUUGUUUUGAACUAUAUACAAGAGGACUAACAAUGCGUUGAUGUACACUACACUACACAACACUAUACUUCACACAACAACUUAGUUAAUUGUUAUUAUUUUCAUAUUAUUAUUUAAUUUUUACAAAUGCAAAUGGAGAAAGCGUAAUAAGUUAAAUUAAAUAAAAUACAAUUAAAGCGUAAAACUCAACAAAACCAACUCAUGUGACCUCAGAAUUAAAUAAGCUAUAUAUAUAUAUAUAUAUAUAUGAAUAUAUGUGUGUAUAUUGAUGUGUGUAUAUACAUGCAUAUAUAGAUAUAUAUGUAUAUAUGUGUAUUAAACUAAUGCAUAAUAAUAACUUUAAUAAUACGAUUAAAGUAUAAUAAUAACAACUAUAUAUAUGAAACAUAUAUACGAGUAAAUACUAUAUACUAUAUAUAUAUAUACAUAUAUAUAUAUACACGAUAAUACUAGAUCUAUGCGUCCUAAGUGUAAAGCAUACUUUAUGAUUAAUGUACGAGUACGAUUAAUUUAUACGCUAUAGUUGUUCAUAUAUGUAUAAACACUAUACAACACAACAAGAUAACAUAAACCUAAACAUACUAUAAUAUACUAACUAAAUUGAAUGUUUGUAGCAAAACGAAAAAAAGAUAACCAAUUGCUAAAACCAUGCAAUAUGCAGAUUAGCGUGUUUUAUGUUGCUAGGAAUAAAAGAGAAAGAGGAGCAGAAAGAGGGAGAAAAGUAACGACCACUACAUAAAAUACAAAUCGAAGCAGAAUACUAGAAACCUAAACUAAACAAUAAGUGCUAAAUGUCGAAGGAUUAGACAAAGAGAUACCAAAUCUGUGGAGAAAAUGGCUAAAAACAAAUAUUUAAUAAACCAAAAGGAUAACCGAAAAGCAUAACAAUUGGCAGAGACGAAACUCGAGAAUCACUUGCACUUCGGUCAGCCGAAUACAAAUAGUUUUUCCCAGGCUUAGAAAACUCUCUCAUGAAGAUGUGAAAAGAUUAUCAAAAAAAGAAUUUCUAGUUGCUUUUCGAAUACUUUUACUAUAUAUUAUUUCUUGUGCAAUUGUGAUUGAUUCCAAUUUAUAUUUAAUUCCCUCAAUUGUAAAAUUACGAAAAAUUGUAAAACCCUUGAAUUAGGUCGUAAAGGAUAUAAAGUAUACCGACAAAACCAAUUGGCAACAUUAUAAACAAAAAUUAAAAAGAGUAAAAAACCAAAAUUAUACAUUGUUAAAGAAAUGUACACGCUGUUUUCAAAAAAAAAAGAAAAAGAAAAAAACAAAAAUACUUUAGAAAUGAAAUAAUCCAUGUAAAGUAGAAAAAUAAUAUAAAUAAAAUAUGCAUAUAUUCAAAAUGCAUGGUGACUCUUAAGCCUAUAAACAACUAUAUUGAAUGUAUGUACGUAACUCAACUCAAUUUCUACGUUUUUCACAUACACACACACACAAACACAGAGAACAGUAAUGAAAAACGAGAAAUGUAGAAAUCCAUAUACCAAAGUUAUAAUGAAAGAAUAAUGAACAGAAAAUGAAAAAAUCAUCAUAUGUUGAUAUGUAGAUACUAUAUAUGUAUUUAAUCCUACGUAAUAUUAUGCGUGUAACUUGUAGAGAUCGUUUCGUUUUGUAAAUUCCCCCAGAAUUCAAACAAUAGCAAUAACAAAGUAAACCCCAAAUAGAGAGACAACAUUUGUGAUUGCAAAAGAAAAUGUGAAAAUGUGUAGGAAGACGCGUGGAAAUGUAAGGCAGACCAACAGCCAAGUGUGGUCAACACUGGAAUCGAUUGGCAAAAUAAUCCUAACUCAAUCUAGAUACGUAACUUUCGGCCUCAUUCUGUAAGAAACUAAGCGAUUAAGUUUCCAUAAACAAAACAAAAAUCACAAAAAAAAA